AUGUCUUCGACACUGGCCACAGCCUCGGCCGCAGCCUUUACCGCCAUCUUUGUGGCCAAAUACACCAAGACUGCCGUCGGCUGUUACACGUACCUCACAUUCAAGCCACGUCCAGUCAGCGAUACCCCCAAGUACACAUCCAAAGAUGUCAGCGUGGUGAUUCCAACCACGUACGGCAAGCCAAAGGAGCUCCUGGAGUGCGUUCAGGCCAUCCUCAAGACCGGUCCAAGCAAGAUCUUCGUCGUGUGCUCCAACACAAAAGUCAAGAAGUGCAAGGAACUUCUGAACGAAGAUGAUCACUUCGAGAUCACUGUCCUUGGCGUCAAGGAGCACAACAAGCGCGACCAGAUCUUGACCGCACUGGACUAUGUCGAGUCGGACAUUGUCGUCCUCGCCGACGACGAUGUGUUCUGGCCAGAUGCCGCAUACCUCAACCUCUUGCUCGCCAUCUUCGAGGAUGAUCAAGUUGGUGCAGGUGGCACCCGCCAGCGCGUCCGCCGUGAUGAGUUCUCCGGUGUGCGUGGUCUUUGGCCGCGCAUGUGGAACUUUCUCGGUAUCGGCUACCUUGAGCGUCGCACCUGGAACAAUGCCACCACCAAUGCGAUCGACGGCUCGAUCUCGACCCUUUCCGGCCGCACUGCCGCAUACCGCACAGUGAUCCUUCAGACGGCUGACUUCCGUUUCUACUUCAAGAACGACUUCUGGCGCGGAAAGCCCCUCAACAGUGACGACGACAAGUGUCUCACGCGCUAUGUGUACAGUCUCGGAUGGAAGAUUGCGAWCCAAUUCGACCCACGCGCUGUCCUCGAAACCACGGUUGAGACCGGGUACAAAUACCUGGAACAGUGCAAGCGUUGGGGCCGCGCUCACUGGCGUGGAAACUUCACCGUCAUGGAAAAUGAGAAGUACUGGUUUUCCCGACAGAUGCUCUGGGGCAUGUAUGUGAUCUACUUUGGAUCAUUCCUGACUCCAGCUGUCCUGUGGGAGGGGUUGAUGUGGAUUGCCCUCUACGGUGCUGUCGGCGGCACUGAGUCGGCCUCGCUGUCGUACAUCCUCUUCGGCGUCUUCAUCCUUGUCACCAAGGUCGUCAAGUACAUCCCCCACUUCCUCCGCCACCCUACUGACACGAUCUUCAUUCCCAUCGCCGUCUUGUUCAGCUACUUCCACGGAUUCCUGAACUUGUACUGCUUGUCCACCAUGACCAAGACCCACUGGGGUUCUAAGAAGCUCGGCAAGGAGGAUGAUAUUCAGCCAAGCCACCCAAAUGGCCGUGUCAAGGUCGUACUCAACUCCAUUCUCGGCUUCUGUGUCGCAGGGAUCGCCAAAGUCAAGAAGCCUCUCAACACGGAGGUCAAUUCGCAGGUUCAGCCCAAGGUUCAGGUCGAGGACGACAACAAUGACGAUGGCGACGAAUACGUGUUCGUGGUCAAGCACGCCACUCCUGGCCAUGGAAUGCGUUUCACCGUUGAAGAUGCCGAUGCCGAUCAACCCGACGUCGCGGUCCCCGGCUUGAACCUGAAGCAUGUCGAGAAGCCUCAGUUCAACGAGUCCACUCUUCAAUACGACGUUGCUGUCAAGUCUGAGCUUCCCUCUCCAACCGAUGAGGAGACUGAGAAUGGUGUAAUGGGACCUCUCCUUCCGAAGCUGGGCGAGAAGCAGUCGGGCGACGAGGGCCGUGACGAGGGCGCCACCUCCACGAGAACCAACUCCCCACACAGCUCUGGCGAUGAGUCCGUCCUCGUGCUCAUCGAUUCGACGUCAACCUUGGACGACGCGCCCGAGGAGAUCCUGGCUAGGGACGCGGCGAACAAGGCUGCCUGCACCGGUGGCGACCCCAGACUGGAGGAGAUCUACGACUCCCUCCCACCACUGGAGCGUUGCUAG